UUCUUUUUCCUUACCUCAGCGCUUCCAUUCGUGCGAUUCUUCGUUUGUUUCACGUAAAUAAUGGGUCGAGUUUAGCGAGUAAUGCUGAGAUUUCUGAGUAAAUAAGAUUGCAAAAUGGAACCUGGAACAAGUAUGGAGUCAAGAAAGCAUGUGAGAUGCACUGGCUCUCAGCUGGCCCUGCUUGCCAAGUUCAUGAGCUUGGACCCACACUUCGCCAAUAUGCAAUAUGAUGAAUUCCACGAGUAUGAAGAUUCAGAUGCAAAGUGGGAGCAGUUGAAAAAUGAACUCAAAGAGUACGGACCUGAUAAGUCUGUAAAGCAGUGGAAGCAGUCCUGGCGAGACUUGAAGCGGUUAGCAAGGCGAGCAGAUUUAGAUACAUUAAGAGCAAAUACAACAUAUCAAUUAGUAUUAGAUGUCAUCAAGCAAGGAAGUAAUUAUCCUUAUAAUUCCGACGACCCAAGUACGAAUGUUGUCCCUUUUGUAUGCAGUAAGCUUGAUACAACUUCAGACAAUGCCACUUCAGCAAUGCAUUCUGAUGAGUCGCUGGAUGCCUCAUGUGAUGCUGACCCCAUCGCUUCGCAGGAUAAUGAUGAACAAAAUAUUGAAUCGAUUGACGAGAGUUUUGAAUUCAAAAGGCGGCCCAGAGUGAGAGUCACCAAAGUCCAGCUAGCAAAACUAGUUGAGAUUAUGAGUCAGGACCUGAUGUUCGCCCACGGCCAACAUAGGCACGGCAUCAUGGACCGUAAGUGGAGACAGCUGAAAGAUAAACUGAAAGUUUAUGGACCCGACAAGGCAGUGGAGCAGUGGAAACAAACAUGGCGCGAUUUGAAGAGUAAAGUGAGGCAAACAAAUUUCGAAACCACAAUAAUGAGUGACAUAGAUCAAAAGAUAGUGGACAUAUUGAAUCAGAAAGUAGCUGAUACUAGCCAGGAUGACUCGGGACUUCACAUAGAGGCAAUUGUAGUAGCAAACAACGAUGCCUCGAACAAUACUGGAGCUGCGGAGAUGGACUCUGUGGAUAGCCAGGGAGCCUCCGGUGCAGAUCCCAUCGCCUCCCCUGGGCGACCAGCCAACACUGAGUUCGACGCAUAUGUCGAAGUGAAGGUCGAGCUUGAGGAAGAUAUGGAAGCUGAUACAAGUAUGGAAUCGAAAAAGCGCACUAGAUGCACAAACAAGCAGCUAGCGAAACUUGCUGAGUUCAUGAGUCUAGAUCCAAUUCUGGCCUCCACGAAAUACACAUCACCAUUACAGCAGCAUCAAAUGCAGAAAAGGUGGAAAGAAAUGCAAGAAAAACUUAAGAAUUAUGGCCCUGACAAGACAAUUGAGCAGUGGAAACAUACUUGGCGAGAUUUGAAGAAGAUGGCGCGGCGAGCAGAUUUAGAGACAUUAAGAGCGAAUAGAACAUACCAACUAGUACUAGACGUCAUCAAGCAGAACGGUUUCCAAGGUUGCACAAAGCCAGAAGAUGCAACGAAUGGUGAGUCUUCCGAAGCUGCUCCAGAUAACACUGUAAUGGUGGCGAUGAAGACAGAAGCCUGGCAGAGUGAAUCGUCUGAGGAAGAGACUGUUGCUUUCCCUCAUUUACUUGAAAACAUAGAAUUUGUGCCGGCUGCACUGUGUAAUACAAACACAAACAAUCAUGAGGUUGAGGACUCUCAACAAAAUGUUGAAGAUGGAACGUUGAAAAAGCGGUAUACCAGAUGCACAAACAACCAGCUGGCUGAACUGGCGAGGAUAAUGAGAGAUGACCCAGUAUUAGUUUCUGGGAAAUACAUUGGACCCUGUCGGUCCAAAGAAAUUGUAGCAAAGUGGGCACAUGCGAAAGAGAGACUUAAAAACUUGGGUCCCGAUAAGACUGUUGAGCAGUGGAAAAAGACCUGGCGAGAUUUAAAGAAUUUAGCAAGACGAGCUAGUGAAGACACAUUAAGAGUAAAUACGACAUAUCAAAUGGUAUUAGAAGCCUUGAAGCAACAUGAAUUCGACGAGCCAAAUAACCGCUUGAAGUCCUUGGUGGCAGAAAAUGGCGAGCCGUCUGGUGCUGCCUCCGACAACAGUGCGACUGCAGACAUGCACACUGACGAGGAGCAGGGGGCGAGCUCUGAUGAUGAGUCGGACGAUCCCUCGGAAACACUUCCAGAAAUGGGAGUUGAAGUCACCGAAGAAUUCAUUAAUUUGAAAAAGGAACAGAAUGCUCUGCUGAAUAAAUUAUGUGGGUUACUGGAAGAACAAAACAAACUUUUAAAGAGACACAGGAACCCCUUAACGAAAAGAGAGAAUAAUUUCAAGAGAGGAUGUUGAAGAAUUUUAUAUUGUAACAAUUGCAGUGUGAAAUACAAUAAAAUAAGUUUGAUAAUCUAUUCAUGUUAUAGU